GUUCUGGUACUUUGCCCCGUAGUUAUCGAAAGAGGAAAAUGUUAACUCUUCGGAAAAUUUGCCUGCAUUAAACAAGAUAUUUCACCUCGUAUUUGCAGAAUAACGAAAGCUUUAAAGAUUAUAGAAUAUCCUGGUUUAAUACAGUCGAUCUAAAUUUAUUGACGAUUGAAAAUUAUUCAACAACAUGUCUGAUCAAAGUGAUAGCCGUCAUGACACUGGAACAAGCGAGUAUUCUUCUGCUUUACCAAUUGGUUAUGUUGAUAUUUUCGUAUUUUCCUCGUUCCUGGGUCUCUUGUUGUAUUGGUUUUUUGUAAGAAAGAAAAACCGUGAAGAAGCUGAGCUACCAGUUGUAAAUGGAAAUAUUAGUAAAAAUGACUCCAGCUUUAUUGACAAGAUGAAGAAGGGGCAAAAGCAGAUUGCAAUAUUUUAUGGUUCCCAAACAGGCACUGCUGAAGAAUUUGCAGGUCAUUUAGCAAAGGAUGCUGCAAAAUAUGGAAUGAAAGCAUCUAUAUUUGAUCCUGAAGAAUUUGAAAUGGAAGAUCUUUCUCGAAUGAGUGAGAUAGAAAAUUCAUUUGCAAUAUUUGUCAUGGCAACUUAUGGUGAGGGCGAUCCCACAGAUAACGCUCGGGAAUUUCACGAAUGGUUGGAACAGGAUCAAGAGGGCCUCGAUUGUUUAAAUUACACAGUGUUUGGGUUAGGUAACAAGACAUAUGAAAAUUACAACACUAUGGGAAAAUUUGUUGAUAAACGUCUUGAUGAGUUUGGUUGUACAAGAUUAUUUGAACGUGGAGAGGGUGAUGAUGAUGCUGAUAUUGAGAAUGAUUUUCUAACAUGGAAAGAAAAAAUGUGGCCAGCUAUUUUGGAUCAUUAUGGCAUUGAUUUAGCCAGCCUAACGCUGUCCCAAGAUCUCAUUCGGCAGUAUGACCUAAAGAUUCACACUGAUGUUCCAAAGGAAAAAAUUUUCUCUGGAGAAAUGGCCCGAUUAAAUUCGCUUCUUGAUCAAAAGCCACCAUAUGAUCAGAAGAAUCCGUACCUGGCACCAAUUUCUGUUAAUCGCGAGCUUCAUAAAGGUGGAGAAAGAUCUUGUAUGCAUAUUGAACUAGACAUCUCACAAUCAAAAUUAAGAUACGAUGCCGGCGAUCACGUCGCGAUUUAUCCAACAAACGAUCCGGAAUUAGUUGAAAAAAUUGGUCAACUUUUGAACAUUGAUUUGGAUGUCGUCUUUUCUCUUGUUAAUAAAGAUGAGGAAUCAAAUAAAAAGAAUCCAUUUCCUUGUCCCACAACCUACAGAACCGCGUUACUUCACUAUGUUGAUAUUACCAGCAAAGCGAAGGGAAAUGUUCUUCAGGGAUUAAUAGAAUAUGCUGAAGACAGCAAGGAGAAAGAAUUUCUUGAAAAACUAACUAAAAAUGAUGACGAAGGAAAGAAACUCCAUCAAGAGUGGAUAAUGGACGACCACAGAACGAUCAUAGACGUCCUGCAAGAUCUGCCCUCCCUUCGUCCUCCCGUUGAUGUUUUACUUGAGUUCCUACCAAGAUUACAAUGUCGAUAUUAUUCAAUAUCAUCUUCCUCAAAACUGCAUCGUUUUUCAAUUCAUAUCACAGCCGUUGUGGUCGAAUAUAAGACUCGGUUAAACAGAUGCAUGAAGGGCGUUGCAACAACGUGGCUUGCUGAUAAGAAACCAAACGACGAAGUUCUGCCGAAAGUUCCUCUUUUCGUUCGUAAAACUUUAUUCAGACUUCCGUUCAAAUCCACAACUCCUGUGAUCAUGAUAGGGCCUGGUACUGGAUACGCACCAUUUCGAGGUUUCGUUCAAGAAAGACACGUCAAGAAAUUGGAAGGCAAACCUGUUGGCGACACAGUGUUGUUUUUUGGCUGUCGACACAAAGCUGAAGAUUACAUUUAUCAGGAAGAAAUUGAACAGUAUCAUGCCGAAGGAACCAUCUCGCAUCUUUUUGUAGCGUUUUCAAGAGAUCAGCCUGAGAAACGCUACGUUCAACAUUUAAUAUCAGAAAACGGCGAAGUUGUGUGGAACGUUUUAAAUAAUCAAGGUCAUGUUUAUGUUUGUGGGGACGCUCGUCAUAUGGCCAAGGAUGUUCACGACUCUUUGGUUGACGUUGUUCAAAAACAAGGAGAAAUGAGCGAGAAUGCCGCGGAAGAUUUUAUUAAGAAACUUCAUAGUAAAGGAAAAUAUUCAGUUGAUGUUUGGAGUUAGGAAAAUAUCGAAUUGGUAAAAUGGGAGGUAAAGCGAAAAAUUAGGAAUAUUAGAUCAGGAAUCAUCACAUCCGCGAUAUGACGAUAUGGGAUCUAACUUUGGUUCAAAUGUUUUGAUGGUCCGAGAAAUCAGGGGGGGAGUUCAUCUGUAACAAUUGACUGGCUUUGGCAUGGUUUUUAGCGGAAUAAAUUAUCCAACCUACCAACCUUUAGCGAUGGUCUUGUCACUAAUGAAUUUAAUAUAUGACGAUUUAAAACGUAGAUUAAUAAGAAGUUGUUACAUAUAUAAUAUUACAUGUAUAACAUACUUUGCGAAUCAUGCCAU